AUGGCCACUUCUUGUGACACAGAGAACUGCACUAUAGAGUACGAGUUAGAUAAACAUUUAUUUCCUGCUCUUUACAGCAUUUUGGUUGUCAUCAGUAUUCCCACCAACAUCGCAUCUCUUUACGUAUCUUGUUGCCAGGUGAAGAAAAAAAAUGAACUGGGAAUCUAUCUCUUCAGUUUAUCUUUAGCAGAUCUGCUAUACACCCUAACCCUGCCUCUAUGGAUUUAUUAUGCUCAGAAUGAGGACAACUGGACUCUUCCUUCUCACCUUUGCACAGCUUCCGUUUUUCUCAAAUAUCUGAAUUACUACACCAGUUCAGGAUUUCUCACCUGCAUUUCUAUCGAUAGAUAUUUAGCCGUGGUUCACCCAAUGAGGUUCCAUUGUGUGCGUACAAGAAGAGUUGCCUUCUUUGUUACUGUUAUGGUUUGGGUCUUUGAAAUUGUAUCAAACUCUAAGGUUCUAUAUGAACAAGACACAUUUGAAGAACCUUUUAAAGGUAGUAACCAUACAAAUCACACUUUUUGUUACGAUACAUAUCCUCUAAAAGAAUGGCAAGCCAAUUUUAAUUACUACCGGGUCUGCAUGGGAUUUGCAGUCCCUUUGACUAUCAUGCUGUUCUGCUACCAAAAAAUAUACCAGGCUGUGAAAAAUAAUCAAGCCACGGAAGACAGGGACAAAAAGAAAAUCAAGAACUUAUUGCUGACCAUUGUUGUUACUUUUUUUUUAUGUUUCACUCCCUAUCACAUUGUGCUGCUGCUUCGUAGUAUCUAUGAACCGUGUGAUUGCUCCUUUGCUGAGAGAAUGUAUGAGCCCUAUAGAAUUACAACUGCACUGACAAGUGUAAAUUGUAUACUUGACCCACUACUUUAUUGCUUUGUGAGCGAAGCUGGAAGAACAGAUGUUCAGGACAUGUUCAGGGGGUGUUUUUCUGUAAGCCCUAGUGAUGUGAAACAGUCACAAAACAUUGCCUUAUCCAGUAGUUCACAGGCCAGAACUGGGAAAGUUCCAGAAUCAGCAACUUUUCUGUACAAUAGAGAGCUGAACUUGACAAAUGUGGGUGAAGAGGCCUCCUUCUCCCUGUAAGGUUGGGUUCAAAGUACUUUGAGGCAGGCAUCAGGAGAAUCUUUAGAUUAAAGGAAGGGUAGCUUCUACAGAUUAGUCAUUUUAUCAUCAGGCAUCCCCCAAAUGCUGCCACUCUUUCUGCCCCUUCCCUUUAAAGGGAAGAGCCAGGACUGGCACUGUGUCAUCAAAUGCCAAGACCAGACACUUAUCCAUGUAUCCCUAAUCUCUUGCAUUAUGUGCCAGAUUACACUGAAGUAAAUCUCUUCAGGAACCUAUCUGGGAGUGCGAUCAUACUUACCAAAAGUGGCGGCAACGGUGCGAUUCGCCCACGGAGUAACGGGGCACGAUCAGACAGACACAUCUGUCUAGCGUCCCAGAGUCGUCAACGGGGCGUUGUUUCAUGCCGCAGGAGCAUCGAAAAAAGCCACCGACUAAAACCUAGUAGUAUCCGGAACUACGGGGCAGGCAGGCAGAAGUCUGAUCGCACAAACGUGCGUCAGUUCACCCUGGGGCAAACAGCCUCGCUUCCGGCCGCAGUUUCUCCCUUGUGUGAUUGG